CUGAUAGUACAAUUUGGGUAAGAUGCGCGAAGUGGUGGACGAGUUUUGCGAUCUUCUGCAAGUCCAUGCUAAUCGGGAUAAGGUAGUGUCCCUAGCAAGCUACGCGCUCAAACUAUGGGGUGCGCGAACGCAGAGCAAGCCUCUACUUGGAGCUAGCGCUCGGCUGGCCGGCGCACGCGCAACUUUACGUCUGUUUGAUGAUGCGGCUGCGUUGCGUGCGGCAUUCACCUGUGGUUUGGGGAAGCAGGAAGGUCCGUUCUGGGGCGCUCUAGGCGUCGCCAGCAGUGCGGUGACCCUCGCUUUCCUGCAGGCCGAGAAGUUAGUCUGGCUGCUGGAUACAGGUCUCCUCACGUUAUCCCAAGACCUGGACUAUAAGCUGCGGACGGCACACAAGACGCUGUGGCUGUUGAUCUCUGCCGUUGGGUUUGUUAGGUCAAUAAAAGCGCUGCACGUCGCCGCUACAGAGCUGAAAUCCCCCCACCCCCGCAAAUGCGCGCCCGCUCGCUUCACGCAGGCGUCACUCUUAUCCACCAAGCUGUUCCUGGAUGUAGUUCAUUUCGGAUCCUGGCUUCCCAUUGGCUGGCUGUGGGGCGGCCGGCUCUCAUUGGAGCACGGGAGCGGUAUAGCUACAGCGUCAGCUGUGUUGGGAUUGGUCGCUCAUUACCAUGGAAAGAGACUCGCGCCGCGAUAGCAUUAAGACAAUGCAACAAGGGGAGGAAGUUGAAUAUUAGUAACGAGAGUAAGUUAAAUCGCGACGGCUUGCCGGAGCGAUUUAAUGACUCGAAUUAGUAAUAUUCAUACUCCCCGAAUUACACACAAUGUUUUUCAUCACAUUCGCAAUGUAAAAAAUAUGUAAAUAGAUGUAAAAAGUUAAGUACGGUACAAGAAAUUUCAUUAUUCCCUUGGGAGAACGAUUUUUCUAUAACUCACGGUCCGCAUGCGUGCAAUAGCUCAUUUAAAUAAAAAUCAAGGCAAACACAUUAACAAUUUUGCCGAGAUUUUCAAUAAGGCGCUGCGAUAAUUAUUUCUUACAAAAGGUUUGUGGCAUCGUAUUUUCCUAAAUGCAAAAUAAAAGUAGGGAUUUCGUAAGCAAGGUCAAUAUAGAAUUGUUAUAGAAUUAUUUGAAGCCAUAUACGUGCCUGU